CGGACCCCGGUUAACCCGACUACUCUGAUGUCUUCGAGGAAAGAAAGCGUUUCGUCCGGACAGGACAACGGAGCCGGCGUCAGGACCAAGAGGUUCUCCUUCGCCAAGCUUCCCGACAUCCACUCCGAGCAGGACGCCGAAACGGACACCUUGAUUCCCACCGCCGAGUACCAUUACUCUUCCACGCAGACCGGAUGCGCGGAUUCGCCUUCCAAGCUGUCAAGGAAAGAAGACGAGGAGAGUCGUCGCGAGGUCAAAAACAUGAAAUAUUGGGCGGCCAAAAUCGGCCAAGUGUUCCGGAAAGUAAAGCAAGCAAAGAAGCGAAGGAGAAGAAGUAUCGAUUCGUUUGUCUCCUCUCACGAUAGCGAGAUGGAAGACGAGGACAAUCAGACUAUUCGCUUUCGUCCGGAAGCCAUCGACACCCUGAUUCAACUGACCAAGUUCGACCGCAGGGAGCUUCAGCUCAUGUAUCGCGGAUUCAAACAGGAGUGUCCUUCGGGCAUGGUGAGGGAAGACGCUUUCAAAGGCAUCUACGCACAAUUCUUCCCUCGCGGAGCGGAUAUCACCCAGUAUGCCCACUACGUAUUCAAUACUUUCGAUCAUGAUCACACCGGAUCCAUCACUUUUACGGUGAGUAACGUUUUCGUUUUUCUUUUGUUUAUACGCGCAAUUCAUCUGUAUCAGAGAAGGUCGUUUAAAUUAGACCUAAAUCGAGACGGAGUGGUGACUAUCGAUGAAUUCAUGGACUCCUGUUCUAAUGACGACAACAUCAAGAACUCCAUGACGGUGUUCGACACGGUGCUCUGAGGUUCCGCCCGAGGACCGGAAAUCAGCUGCGGAGCGCGGAGACCGACGGAGGGAGUCGCGCCGGCUGGAGGCGGACGGCGCGUCGGCGGUUUCGCCACCCGUCGCCCGGGCCACGCGCGAAACGGCGGCGCGGGACGCCUCGGACACGCAAAACCUUCUCGUUUACUUCUCGGCGUCUUUCUCUUUCACUCUCUUUUUCUCUUUCUCACUCUUUAUCUUGGUCGAUCGCGAGUAGAGUCUAGUCGAGCGUCGACCGACUUCUUUCGUCUUAGCGUCCGUUCGACACUUUAGUCCGAGUAGAAAAGCGUUUCGUUCCUUAGAGCCGAUUCGGCUUGGGCCGAUGAAGCGGACCGUUCCGUCCCCUAGACGCACCAUUAGAUCGUUUCGUCCGUCGUCCAACUCGGUAGCGGUAACGUAGUCGUAGAGGUAGUAUUAGAGGUAGCGCUAGUCUUAGCGGUAGUUUUAAAGUAGAGGUAGUGGAGCCGAGUAGUCGUAGCGGUAGAGCGCGUCCGUUCCGCGUAUUUCCGCUUCCGGUCGACCGCCGGCGGAUCGACGCCCUUCCACCGACGUCGUUCCUGCUCCGUGGAGACACCGUGCCUUCUCGUCACCCGACCUCCCGGCCCCGCUGGCCGCCGGUCGUACGUAUUCCGGCGGGUCCGCCACCCAUUCGACCCGCUUUCCAUCCGCGCGGGACUCUGUUCCGCGCCCUUCCUCGGCCGCGGGCGUCGUCCUCCCGUCGGCGGCGGCUCGUCCGGCGCCCGUCCGUUCUUCUGUCGACUUCCCUCCGAUACCUCGGCCGAAGCUCUUCAAAGUACUUUAUGCUGUAAAUAAAGUUAUUCGCACGUUUUUCUCUGUCUUCGUCUUCUCCGUCGUCGCCUUCAAAUCCACCGAAACAUCGAGGAAGCUUCGGUAGAAGGGACGGAAUAGUCCACUUCACCGAACAUUUCUCGAUUUUUUCCUCGCCAAGACAAAUUGAUAAAUAAUGAAUAUCCUCCGAAAUACGUCUCGGCAUUUUCUAUACGGAAAUCGGGCGAACUAUUCGGGUGUGGCAAAGCGAAAUACCCAGACUCCCGUCGGAAGGAACCGUAAAAUCCAUUUCCCGUGUUUAAUACUCCUCUUAAUUAGACUCGUUCGGCACCGUUAAUGCGGAAAAAUCCUUAAGACACUUUAAA